UAGGUGCAAUACUGAUAUUUUAUACUGCUACUGUACUGACAUGACUCAUUAAUGAUAACGUUCUUUUGUACUGACAAAAGUUACUGAGUGUCAGUAACGAUUCUAAGUUGGCUUAAUAAUGGUACACAACUGGUUAAGUAGAUGCCUAAUAAUAGCUUAGUACUGAUUUUACUGUCAUAACUUUUUCAAAAAAGACAAAAUCAAUGUAAUAUUUUUUGUGAAUGAUGCUUUACUUAUCAUUUGGUAUAUAUUUUUAUAAAUCUGACCCUUUACCUGUCCACGGGGAGGAAUAAAAAUGGCAACUUUUUCACAAAAUAUUAACUUUAUCAACUUAAUGUUUGAAUGUAUUCCGAAAAUACUUACACACAUAUAUUGUUCGGUCGUGACGAAACAGUUUGGUGGGUGAGCGCCGGUUUUCAUCUCUUCAACAAGAGCGCGACAUGCCACAACUGGUUUAUCUGUUGGGGUAGUGUGUGGCAGUGGUCGUGAAGGAUUAAUUCGCGCUCAAUUAGUCGGCUGUUUCGGUUAUAUCGACGCCAGGUUUUUUUGGGUCGAGUAUUGCCUUGUCGCCACAGUGUUCAAUUUAAGUUGCUCAACGGCUUAUUAUAUGUUACGGUGUUUUUUUUGUUGCUUACAAUGUUCAUCACCUUCAAAUGGCAGUGGGAAAAGGUUUUAAUAGCAAAAAUAUAAUGAAAGCUACAUUUCCAUAGUAACAACAUAUAGAUAUUUUGUGAAUCAAUAAAAAUUAUUUGAGGGGUUAAUAUUAUUUUUGAAAUACAAGCAUUUCACGAAAAUAAUAAUACUACAGUAAAAAGGAAAUGGAAGAUUUAGGAGAAACUAAAGAAGAAGAAAAUAAAAAAAUAAUUCAUACUUAUCCAUUGGUAAAAAUUUGUGAUAUGACAGAGGAAAUGAAAUCUGAAGCUAUCGAAGUUAUAAUUACUGCUUGUGAAAAAUUUGGAAACGAUUACUAUGCAGCAGCCAAAACAAUUAAACAGACGAUGGAUAAAAAAUAUGGUCCACAAUGGAACACUAUUGUUGGAGAAGCUUACGGAAUACAAAUGACUCACCAAACAAAAACUUUAUUAUACAUGUUCUUUGGUGGAAAUCUAGCUAUUUGUACAUGGAAAAUUUAACUUAAUCAAGAGAAAAUUUGAGAAUCAAAAUAAUUUCACAAUUUUACAAUUAUUUUGUACUCAUUACAUAAUUUUAAUUAAAUAAAAACUAUUGUUAAAGAACAUAGACCCAUAUGAGGUUGCUUUGGCUACUUAGCACACCCCUAAAAUAUUUUCUUAUAAUUUACAUUUUCUUAAUUCUAUACUCAAAAACUGUAUAAAUCUCCAUAUUAUUAUAUUUAUAUAAAAAGUUUUGUUACUUA